UACAAUUCCUCCUCUUCUUGACCGCCCACUUCACCCAUCAUACAUCUCGUUUCAACAUGUCUAGUGUGUUUGACAAUUCCGUGCACUUUGGCUUCCAAGUGACUGCUGUUUCCAUGAAUGCGACCAGCCCUACUUUUCUACGAACCUAUGCCGCCGUGUCUGGCUUGGCGGGCUUGAGCUGGACGGAAAAGUUAUGGGCGUCUUACUACACGUGGAUUGGCAAUGACAUUCUCGCUACGGGGCUCCUCCUUUUCACUAUCCACGAAGCUGUGUACUUUGGCCGCUGCUUGCCGUGGUUCAUCGUCGACCGCAUUCCGUACUUUAACCGCUGGAAAAUCCAGAGCGCCAAGAUGCCAUCCAACCAGGAGCACUGGGAAUGCUUGAAGUCGGUUUUGGUCUCUCAUUUCCUUAUGGAAGCGGUCCCUAUCUGGUUGUUACACCCUUGGGUCCUUAGGGCCGGGAUUUCAUGCCAGUUGCCGAUCCCACCCAUAGCAACCGUAGCCUGGCAAGUCGCCAUGUUUUAUGUAUUGGAGGACACCUGGCACUAUUGGACUCACAGGGCGAUGCACUACGGGGCUUUGUACAAGAUGAUCCACAAGAAGCACCAUAGAUACGCCGCGCCGUUCGGACUCGCUACCGAAUACGCCCAUCCGGUUGAGGCCAUGGUGCUAUUUUUCGGUACCGCUGGGUUUCCUAUCAUUUUUGUCUUGCUCACUGGCAACUUGCAUUUGUUCACUGUCUGUAUCUGGGUCACCGGGAGAUUGUUGCAAGGAGUUGACGCACAUUCUGGCUACGAAUUCCCAUGGUCCUUGCACCACUUCUUGCCUUUCUGGGCCGGUGCAGAUCACCAUGACGAUCACCACCGCUAUUUUAUUGGUAACUAUGCUUCAUCUUUCAGAUUCUGGGACUACGUCAUGCAGACCGAGUCGGGCGCUCUAGCCAAGCAAGACAGAGAGUCCAAGAUGAAGGGUGCCGCCGAGGAAAAGGCCAAGAAGAGUAUCUAAAGAAUAUUGGACAGUAUGACAAACCAGGAAAGGUGAUCCGGAAGGAUUGCUGACAAUUAUGGAUGAUUUGUGGUUCCCCCCUGCGGGACAGGAAUCGAAGGCAGACUUUUAUUGAUUACAGGGGGUAAUUUUAAAGUUGUUACUGUGAAUAUACGUGUGAAUUAUAUUACAAUAUACCAAUACAUACGUAUAUGCAACAUUAAUAUAUAUAUAUAAUUUUACAUAUACGAAGCUUAAUCUAUAUCUGACAAAUUA